UAGCAUUGAAAUACCCCCACCACUACCACCACCCCCAAUCUCAACCCCCAAUAAGACUGGAACUUGUCCAACUCAGCCAGCGAUGAAUGCUCUGUUUUUACCUUCUUCCUUGUUUGAGUCAAGCUCAUGCUAAUAUCAUGACUGAGGAGGCUUUUGAUGUAUUGGUGGUUGGCUCCUGUAUGACUGACUUGGUGAGCCAGGCACCAAGGCUACCCAAAGCAGGUGAAACUAUCCACGGUCACAAGUUUUUCAUUGGAUUUGGAGGAAAAGGGGCCAACCAGUGUGUACAAGCUGCAAGACUGGGAGCCAAGACCGCCAUGGUCUGCAAGGUUGGUAAAGACUUCUUUGGAGACAGUUAUAUCCAGAAUUUCAAGGACAAUGGUGUACACACAGAUUUUGUUGGACAGACAUCUGAAGCAGCCACUGGAGCUGCUUCCAUUAUUGUCAAUGAUGCAGGCGAAAAUGCCAUUGUGAUUGUUGCCGGGGCCAACAUGCUGCUGAACAAUGAGGAUCUGCAGAAAACCCUCCCAUCCCUCAUCCAUGCAAAAGUGCUGGUGUGCCAACUGGAGAUUAGUCCAAAGACAUCGUUGCAGGCAUUGCAGAUGGCGCGGGAGAGUAAAGUAAAGACAGUAUUCAACCCAGCGCCGGCCAUUCCUGACUUGGAUCCAGAGUUCUACAGAGUCUCUGAUGUGUUUUGCUGUAAUGAAUCUGAGGCUGAGCUGCUGACGGGCUUCUCCGUUGCCAGCGUGGAGGAAGCGCAUCGGGCCGCUCAGGAGCUGCUGAGGCGAGGCUGUGGGUCAGUCAUCAUCACCUUAGGACCCCAGGGCUGUGUGGUGCUGGAGGCACAGGGGUCCGCCUCCAAGCACAUUCCAACCACGGCGGUCACAGCCGUCGACACCACGGGUGCUGGAGACAGCUUCAUUGGAGCAUUGGCAUUUUACAUGGCUUAUCAUCCCACAAUACCACUGGAGGAGAUGGCAAGGAGAGCCAAUAAAGUGUCAGGAGUAAGUGUGCAGGCUGUUGGCACACAGACAUCUUUUCCUUUUAAAAAGGACCUCCCACCUGAACUGUUCUGAGAGCAAUGAAUCAACAGCUUAAUAAAAACAAAAAAUGAACAACUCCAAAUGAAUUGUGAACACAACUUUCUUAAACUCCUACUCCGCAGUGAUGGACUAGAGUGGUCCUGUUUAGAGAUCUAAAUAACAAAUCAGUAACGAACUACUUAAGAUUAAUGUUAAUAAUCAAUAAUAAUGUUACAAAUCAGUAACUAACUACUGAAGAUUAAUGUUAAUAAUGUAACAAAUUGCAUUUGUAUGAACACUUUGAUUUUACGACACUAUAUAUUCUUUUGUACGUAUGUGAAGAGAAGCAUACUGACAACAAAACAAGAGUUUGUAAAAUCUUUUUUUUUGUUUUUAUUUUAUAAUUUUUAAUGAUUUGAACUUGACAAAAAAACAUCAGGACAGGAAAUUAUCUGUUGAUUUAGCUCAAACUAGACAUUUCCUACAACAAAGUAUCAGUAUCAUUGUAUCAAACAGCUGUUGUCAUCCUAAUAAAUAUGUGACUUCA